AGGGCCUCAUCAAGACCAUCCUCGAGAAGCUCAAGAAGGAAGGGGGGCUGGCCGAGCUCUUCCGGGACAUCAGUGGGCUGGUUGGCUGCGUCCUCGGCCUCACCUGGUCGGUCCUGGGCGGCGUCGAGACCUUCAUCCUCAAGAUCUUUGGCAAGACGGACGGCGACGCGACGACGCUUCCGGCUCCGGGUGGCGUCCGCGGCCUCAUUCAGUCGCUGCUCGGCCAAUCCAUCGGCAUCGUCGGCAAGGCGCUCGAGAAGACCAAGGACCUGGUUGUCGCCAUCCUCGGCGGCGAAUGCGGGCUGCUGAGCUGGAUCGUCGGCGACCUCGCGAACCUCAUCGGCACGAUUCUGCUCACGACCGGCCUGCUCCUGGGCGGCGUCGGGGGGCUCCUCUGGGGCAUCUACAACGCCCUCGAGCGGUGCAUCGGCCACAUCCACUGCGGCAUGCCGCUCUCCGAGCGCGGGCUCCUCGACAUCGACAUCCACCCCUGCACGAUCCCGCUCAUCCAGGUCAAGCUGUGCGGCGAGCGCCACGUCCACGAAAAGCCCAUGGAGGAGUGAGGCGGCACGGCGGCGGCGAGCGCUGCUCCAAGGCCGCCUUCCAUGUCCUUUUUUCCCCGAGUGAAAGUGACCGACCCCCAAGCGCGGCGCAUUCCGCGCCGGGUGGGCGCGGCCCCACGGUCUCGCCCCGCUUUCGUUCCCUCUCCCGCGCCCCCCGCUUCCCACCCGCGAUCCCCGACCGACGUGGCCGGCCGCCCUUGUCUGCUGCCAGCGCCGCUGGGCCAGCCAGUCGUCGAGUGACUCCCCUCCCUUUGCGUUGUGCACCCUUUUACGUUUGUUGGA